AUGGCUUCGUCUGAAGUUUCUCAGAGGCCUCGGCGACUCAUGCUCGUCAGUGUUCCUCGCACAGCAUCGAAUCUGCUGGCAAAGAUUUUGAACAUCGCUCAACAACCUGAUGUACUGUCUAACGAGGCGGCUGGGUACUUCUUCCAUCCCGCGUUCUCCGCGACCGCACUAGGUGGAUAUCUGAGUACGCCAUCCACGGAAUGGACCGACGAGCAGAAGCAAACUCUCAGGAGCAUUUUCCAAGGAUGCGUCAAUACGAUUGAAGAGCAUGCGGAGCGCGCAGAAAAAGCAAACAAGAUUCUUUUUGCCAAGGAACACGCAGGCUCGCUUUUCAGCCCUGCUGCCUUCGAGAAAUGGCAGACCGGUGAUUCCAAGGCAAAUGACGAGUUAUUUGACGCUCUGAGACUCGAAUUCCCUGAGAAGUUCGGACCCCAUACCUUUUCGCCCAGUAGCCAAAGCAUGCUGUCUGAUGAAUACCUGCGUCUCUGGCAAUAUGUCUUCAUCAUCCGCCACCCAGCACUAGCAUGGCCUUCUCUCCGUCGCUGCCAGCGCAAGAUCGUCGAAGCAGAAAUCACGAAAGGCCUAGACCAGACAGACGAGCAAAAACGAGAUGUCUCCUUGUCGAAUAUGACUAUGCGCUGGACGCGGCUGUUGUUCGACUGGUUUUGCGACCAAGGCUUCAAGCCCACACCUUUGAUUGUGGAUGCUAAUGACCUGAUUAACCACCCCGAAAUCGCUGCCAGGCUUUGCGAGCAGACUGGAAUGGAUGCCAACGCUGUUCAGUACGAGUGGGACAACAUGGAAAAGAGGUCUGAAGAUUGGAAGACGGGUAACAAUGUUGAUGAUGCCACCCAUGAUAGGAACAUUGCUCUGGCUAAGAUCAUGCUUGGUACACUUGAGAAUUCUACAGGAGUGAUAAAGCAGAAGGUAUCUAGUGAUAUCGAUAUCUCCAAGGAGGCGGAGCAAUGGAGAGUCGAGUUUGGCGAAGAAGAUGCCAAAUUCAUUGAGAAAGCCGUGCGGGACUCGAUGCCUGAUUACGAGUACCUGAUGGCUCAUCGUAUCACCGUUUGA